AUGAGUAGUGGGGAUAGUCAGAAAAAAAUAAGUGAGCUCAUCCAACAGAUGGAGGUGAUAAAGAAUAAUCUAUCGCAAAUGACGACCAACCAGGUGAUUGCUGCAAAUCAUCAGGUCCAGGCUUCUAGUUACAAAAGCAGUCAUUAUACUCCAUAUAACCACGCCCAUGUAUACCGUGGUGGUAGGGGACGCGGAUAUAGGACAAGAUCAAGAGGUCAUUAUAGAGGUGGAUACAAGGGUCAUGCGAAUACUGCUCGCGGGUCUAAAGUGAGGAACAUGUCAUUAUUAAUUGAUAAUAACCAUGCGGAUAAACAUGAGUCCGAGGGGGCUAGUUCAACUGGUAAUCAAGGAUACGUAUCAACUGUCACAGGAAAUGCAAUGACGUUAGUUAACAAGGAGAUUUUUGAUAAGGAAUUGCAAGAUAGGUUAAAAAGGGCGAAAAUUAUUGAACUAAAAAAGAAGAUUCUAAAGAAGCAAAUCGAGAAUAAAGUUUUAUUAGCAGGUUUCAACAAGAAUAAAAGCAAAUAUGAUUAUUGUGAUUGGACUCACUUAUAUGGACCAAAAAGUGAAGCAACACUGUUAGGAUAUGGUUUAUAUGCGGUUGUUGGGAAUGGGAAGAAACUUGCACCUCUUUCCUUGGACCCGCGAAGUGAGGAAUUGGGGGCAAAAGUGGAAUAUAAUGGACAUGAAUAUAUAAGGUCUUCUGGUGGAGUGUUGGUAAACAUUUCAACUCCAAGUGAGCAAGAAUAUUGUCAUUAUUAUACUGCUGCAGGUGCUUGUCAAAGGUAUGCAGCGUGUCAGUUCAAGCAUUCAAAAGAUCAUGUGGCACUUUGUAGGAGAUUUAUCUCACACAAAUGCCCAGAAUCAGCAGCGAGUUGUCAGUUAUCUCAUACGCCAAACCAAUUCAAUUCCCCAACUUGCUUGUUCUUUUUGAACGGGUACUGUGCUAAGGGAGAUGAAUGUAUUUUUGGCCAUGUCAUGACAAAUCCAGAUGCCCAUAUUUGCAGGCCAUUCGCAUUGGGUGGAUGGUGUGAUCGUGGGUUGAGUUGCACUUACAAGCAUAUUUAUGAUUGCCCUGAUUUUGUGGAUUAUAAUGGAUGUUUAAAAGGUAAAGCAUGCAAAUUAAACCACCCAAAAAAGAGGAACGAUGAUUUAAAGGAUGAUAAAAUGAAUCAAAACAGAAAAAUUAAGAGUGAGGGGGAAAUCUCAGACAAGGUGGAUAUGAAGAAUAUAUCUGAAAUCUUGGAUUUUAGCUCGAGUGAUGAUGAAGAAGAAGAAGACGAUGAUGAUGAUGACAACGAAAGUGACGGUAGUGACGAUGGUGAAGAGAAAAAACGAGAGGAAUCAAGCCAAGAGAGAAUAGAACAAAAUGAAGAUAAAACUCUUGAGCUCAACCAGGAUUAUGUUCUGUUAUAG